AAAUAAUAAAAAAAUUCAUUGGCUUUAUCGGUAACAUCCCUUGGCUGAAAAAUGGAGAAUUCACUUUAAAAUCUUUCUAACGCUGCGUUUCGAGUCUUAAUCUGGAAGCACCGAACGGUAGCCAUGGGUGCCUCAGAAUCCAUACACUCAAGCUCACAGCGUCCGGCCGAUGAAAUCACCAGAGUGUCCGAAGUAUCGGAGGUCGCCGACCCCAUCUUAGAGAGACUCAAAUCCCUCAGAUUAACAACACCGAUACUGACGUCAGCACCGACGGAGAGUAGUUUGACUGACAUAUUGGUGAGGAAACCUUCGUCUUCUUCGGCUCCAGCAACUGUGGAUCCGAAGGUGCUGAUGGAGCUCUUCUCAAUAUACCGUGAUUGGCAGGAGAAGAAGAUUCAAAUGAUUAGCAAAAACCAGGAAGAGAUAGAAAACAAGAUAGAAGUUGCUGAUGCUUUGGCAGUAAAACUUCUACAACGGUUCAAUUACUCUGUUUCGGAAAUGAAGACAACUUCCCAACAUUUAUCAGGAGUCUUGCAUCAGGACAGAUCAACCGAGACUAUUUUUGCAGAUUCUGCUGCUUUUUAUUAUUGCCUGUGGACAUGUAUCGACUUUUUACAAUGGAAAAUGCAUUCAGUUCAUGCCUUACAGGUGGAGAUUGGCGAGCUUAAAGGGAGGUUGACAGAGGUUCUUAGUAACUGUGACGCAUUGUGUAAGAGAAUUGCUUCAGAGGGACCAGAAUCUCUCCGGUCAUCUGUCAAACCAUUUGCAAUUGCCACCGACCCAGAGAUCAUCAGUCCCUCAUCUACUUCGCCCGGAGAUUUAAACAAAAUUCAGUCUCCUACAAAGCCAAGUUAGACUCGUAGAGAUUGAGACAAAUAUAUACGACUAAUGCUUUUAUUUCAUCUUGAAUUUAUAAUUUUAUACUUAGCACUUAAUAUGAAUGAUAUCAGUAAGCGUAUGACUGAACACACGGCAAACACUCGAGCAAUAUUCAUCUGAUGUAAGAUUUCACUUCGAAAAAUGUGGGAGAACAGAUCUUGGGCAAACAGAAAGAACCCCACCAAGAUUUAUUGCA